AUGGUGCUGCAGGUAACUUUGAAUUAUUGUGUUCAUUAUUUGUUAGUCAAAGUCGAAGAUCCAAACACGUGUGGUGAAACGAAUCCCGUUGCUGAUGAAACUUCGAAAGAGCUUCUCCUGCCCAAAGAUGCCACCGCAGAAUGUAAAUGGAAUAUCACGACGACCACAAGGAGAACAAUUCAAUUAUCUUGGCCCACAGGUGGGACGCAGGAGGAUUGCGUCAAUGUGGAAGGUCCGGGUAUAACAGAAGACAAGAAAGAAUGGUGUGCAAACGUAGUAGAAAACAGACUAUCAAAAGCCUACAUUACAGUUACCCGGAAAACCCCUAAACCGCCUCCAGAGAAGGCAACAGAUAUAAAAUUGCUUUAUCAGUUGGUGAAUGACGCGGAAUGCUCAACAGAUGCGGCAAAACCAACGGAGGAGAUCCAGUCAUUCGGUAUAUCUAAACAAGAAAAAAUCACUGCUGGAACAGCCUGUGUGUGGGCAUUUCAAUCCACUACAGGGAAAAGUCUUCAAUUAAGUUUGGAAGUGAAUCCACCUGACACAAAAACGCAGUGCGUCAAAGUUGCGUACGCGGACGGUACAUCAUCUAGCGCGGCACAACAGAUUUGUGGUGAGGAAGGAAAAAACCUUUUCACGGCAGAUGUGAACAAAGCCGUCAUUGUCAAAUUUGAGAGUCCGAGUGGGCCUUCAGCUAGCGAAAUGAAAAACUUCAAAGUGUACUAUCAACUCGUGAACGACAACAGAUGUUCCGAUAUGCCCAAUCCACCGACGGAUAAAACCCAAUCGUUCAGUGUGGCGAAAUCCGGAAACAUCAUCCCGGCUGGUUUGUUAUGUGCCUGGAGUCUUCCGACGACUGGUGGGAAAAAGAUACGUGUGACAUUGGAUGUCGAUUCGACCAAAACCAAAAAUCAAUGCGUUACAGUUACCGAGGUGGACAAAACCAAACCGACUGUGGUCUGUGGUAAAGAACAACAGAACAAGUUCGUCUCGACUGGAAAUGACGUGGUUAUCACAUACGGCGAGCAGAAAACAGAAAAGACAGAUGUGGCCAACUUCAAAAUAUUUUAUCAAUUUGGUGGGUGGCAAAGAAGUUUAGACUAG